AUGGGCUACCUCGGUCAGAUUUUUCCUGUCAUCCAGGAUGCUCCCGGUCAACAGCCUGAUAAUACGAUCGGAGUCGUUGAUAACAACGGUGCAGACAUAAACGGUGGAUUUGGCGGAAAGUUUAUCUGGCUUGUCGCAGACUUCCACAAUUACAAGCCAAGUGCAAUCUCUCAAAUCCGAAUCGACAUCCAGGAUGAGCCGGACAAUGGCCGACAGGAUCUUGCAGCUGGAACUGGAGGAAAAUUCCGCUAUCUGGCUUGGAAAACGGAUGGCGACAAGAAGAUCACCGAGGUCCAGCUUCUACGCCGCCAGAGCCCAGUCAGCUGGCAAACUCUGAGGGACUUGGGAUUUGAGGGUAUGUCAAAUGACAUCAAUGCAGGCCGAGGUGGUGAUUUCUUGCAUCUUGUAUGGAAGUAUUGA